UGCGGGCAGGUGAAAUGGCGGGCAACGAAUUGUCUUACUGUGAGUAUCUGAAGUGUAAAAAUGCUUGCGUGAAGGUCACCAUCAACAGAUGUAGUCGACAGUGUUCAGAGGUUUUAGCAGCACUGUUUGGUCGCAUCCUCGAAAAUCCUUAUUUUCGUCCUUUUUAUUCAGUCUUUCUGCACAAGUCAAUUUUCCAGGCUGAGACAAUCGACCACGGUUCUGGCUUUCUGAUUGCUGAUAACUUUGUAAUAACCAGUUGGCAUGUCAUCGAAGAAGCUAUGAGGGACCAAACCUUAGUGAUUCGUAUUCUGAACGAAACCAUCGGUGAACUGUUUUGUGUGGUGGUUCAUUGUGAUCCAUCUAAUGACUUGGCAUUACUUUACUGCCAUGAUCUGGAUUUGAAGCGACAUGAAAUUUGUCCAUUUGCGUUGUCUGAAGAAGCUCUGUGGCCAAGCGUGUCAGUUUUUUCUUUUGGUUAUCCAUUAACCCAUACAGAGGAAAGUGCACUCUUUGUCAAGGGUUAUGUUUCUGGCCUCAAGAACCGAUAUGGCGAUAAUCGUAAACCUUUUUGGGUAUUAAACUGUGAUUUGAAUAAUGGUAAUUCAGGUGGCCCAGUGUUACGUAGAGUUGGUGAUGAUAUCAAAGUGGUUGGUGUGAUCGCACAAAAGCACAAGAAACAAAUUCUGACUUUAGAGGAGCUCAACAUUUUAGAAGAAGAGCGUUCUACAUUGCAAACGAACUCUGCAUCUGAUUCAAGGGAUCAGUUCUGGAAAUCAGUGUCAUUAAAAAUGUAUGAUGCCUUAAAUGAGACACAUUGUCAGUUUGGUUAUGGCAAUGUGGUGCCAGGUCAUUUGGUUGUUGAGUUUUUAAGUGAUCCAUCAGUAACGUCUCUGAUGGGUAGUUUGAAAGAAAUGGCAAUGUUCUUUGAGAUAGGGCUACGUAGGGGAUAUCUUGACUCUAUAUUACCUAGCGAGUUCUUGAAAAGAUAAGUACAGUGAUUGAAAAGCCUGGUAAUUCGAUCCCCUACCAAUUUCAUCAUAGAUUAACUGUCAGAAAUUCUUUAAUCAUUUACCAUGAAGUCUAAAGUCUUAAAAAUAUUAACUUUUACUAAACUGUAUAGCUUACUCAUUUUACUGUGUUUUUUGUUGCACAAUGUACCAACCUAUUUAGACAGGGGAGCACAAGAAAAUGGUAUUGCAAUACUCUUACCGAAUACCAUUAGCAAAAAGGAUGAAAAACCGCAUACCACAGGGCCAUAUGAUACCGCAAUACCGCACAUUAAAAUCAAAGUUACCAAAAUACUGCUUGAGAAACAUGUUUGGCAUGUUUCUUGAUAGACUUGAAGAGGUUGAGGUUCUGGUUGUGCGCAACCACCACAACCAGGUAAUUUUAAGUCCUGAAAGUGAGAGAGACACUAAUCCAUGCUUUUAUCACUCCUAACCCUUUGCUGAUGGGCAAUUAGUAGCAGAGAAAAAAGGAAUUUUAACCAAAUCUCUCUUUUUGGACAGUUUUUUGGCCAGUUAGCAUGGUAAUGGUUCAAAAAGAGAUUUCCAACACCAAGGGUAUAGAAAGGAUAAUAUGCAUGGGUCCAUAUGGACCCAAAACAUUAAAGAGUUUAAAAUUAUUGAUGUACCACAUUGAUUUCAUAUACCUGCCAACUUAUCGACUUAAGUCAAGGUUGUGAGAUUUUUUUCCAAUUCAGGGUGCCAGGAUUUUUCACAGAGGACAUUUUAAAGACUUGCAAAAGAUUUUUGAAUAGUUUUGAAGUUCUUGAAAAAGUGACUAUUCGAUAAUGUCUAAAAUGUGUCAGUUAGAGCUCAAAGACCUUAAAUUUUUCACCAUUUUUGUGGUCUACAGGACUGUAUGGAUGUGAGAUUGAAGUCUUUGAUCUACAGGUGUGAGAAUCAUAGCCAAGGGGUGACAGUUGGCAACAUAAACUUUAAAAAAAUUCAGAAUAUAGCAAAUCAAAGCCAAAAAAGGUGUUCCCGUCCUGUGGGAACUUUAAACAAUU